GUACUUUUUUCGUCUAGAUUGUGAUUUCAAAGAUUUACGGGUGAAUUUUUACGAGAAUAUAUUGAGAAGCGGAAUAGAACAACUAAAUUUUUCAAAUCUAACAAGCCAAGGCUUUUGUGUAAUCGUGGUACCAUUUUUUGGCCCCAGCAAAUAUAAGAUCCCCAGUCUGACAAUCAUGAAUUGGAAGAAGAUUCCCGUGGAUGACACAGUGGAGAGCUUUGACAGUAUAACCACAAUCCAGUUUUUUGGCGAAAAUAAAAAAUCAGCUAAGAUUCUAGUAGAGCCCAAGCCUCGUUCCAAGGUGUCCGAUAAAUCCGAUAAUUUGGAGACAGCCAAGGAGCUGCCUCGUUCCGAGAUGUCCGAUAAAUUGGAGACAGCCAAGGAGCUGCCUCGCUCCGAGAUGACCGAAAAUUUGGAGACAGCCAAGGAGCUGCCUCGCUCCGAGAUGUCCGAUAAUUUGGAGACAGCCAAGGAGUCGCUACAUGACGCUGUCGACUUGCAGAAACCAAUUAAAAAGUAAACUAAAAUAUACAAAGCAAAACGAUGACGGAUGGCGAGUUCGAGUUCGAGUUAAAUAUAUUCCUAAUUGAGUAGAAUAUUUUUUGGUCAGUCUGUUUUAAAUUGUAUUGUCUAGCAACCUGAUACUGUUUCGAAAUGCAUGCGGGUAAUCCUUGAAUACAGACACAAAAUAUUGCAUGAAUAAAGUCUGUAUCC